AGGAUAUAUACCUUUCACCAUGACUAGUAGAACAAAUAUAUUCCACUUCUGCUUAUCCAUCGGGCGUAGACGGGCUUUAUCUCGUCGCAACCUCUUCCCCAAGUAUCACAACGAUGUCCUUGCAACUUCAUGCCAGUCACCCCAUUCUGAUCCCAGAACUUCUCGCAUUGAUUUUCUCCCACUUGGACGAGAGAAAUAUCGCUAGGACGGCGACAGUGUGUCGACAAUGGGCGGAGAUCAGUCUUGAUGCAGCGUGGCGCAACGUCAGCGACAUCCGCCGUCUAGUAGUACUCUUGUGUCCCGUCUCCUCCCAGAUGCAGUAUGGUCCUCGUAACUCCUGUGUCUGUACCUACAAGUUGAAGCGCUCUAUCCAUCCCAGUGACUGGCAGCGUUUCGAUCGCUACGCCUAUCGAGUCCGCUCUCUCACUUGUGACGAUAAAAACCGCAAGCACACAGAUUCGAGCGUAUGGGCGGAAGUUAAGCGCACCCGAUCGCGCACUGACCUCCUGCCUAACCUACAAUCGCUUUCGUGGUAUUCCUGCAGCGCCGACAGACAAGCUAGCUGCUUGCAUUUCUUGCAUGCAGGAGUAAAACGCCUUUCCAUCAACGUUUUCCCCAUACAGAUAGGAGAUUCGUGGGGAUCGUUCGUCGAACACGUUCAUGCCCAAGCUCCUGGAGUCACUCACCUUGACAUCCGUUCGGAAUUCCCGGUGGCGACCGUGGAGGGUGAGAUACUCUCCUUGGUUGGUGGCUUUCCCGGGCUCACAGAGGUGACAGUUCCUAUCUAUUGUUUGACGUCUACCAUCGCUGCCAGAUUCUCGACAUUUGAACAACUAUCCGUGAUCGCCUUUAGUAAACCUGUUGAGAGGCGCACCGGCCAACCAUCGGAUGUAGCGCAUUUUGCUCCAUCACUCUCCGCCGGAGCGUUUCCGGCUCUGCAAAAGUUAUCCUUCAGCGCUCACCUUGCACAUGCAUUGGAGUUUGUCAACUCUCCCUUUGCGCCUCACCAACUCACCAGCCUUUACGUCAAUGUUAUCGCUAUUGACAACUCUUUUGUCCUUCAACACUUCUUCUCUGGAAUCGCUACGCAUUUUCGACAACUGCGAGAGCUACGGGUGGACUUUAUAAUCGGUCCAGAUGCGCCUAUCGUCUACCCUCCACCUCCUUUACACACUCGCCCCAACAUCCAGACGUUUCGCCCACUGCUUUCUUGCCUACAUCUUACCAAGUUGGAGUUCCGAUGGGACUACCAAGUCAAUUUUACUCAAGCAGACAUCGAGGAGAUUGCUUCCAGCUGGCCAACGCUGGAAGUAUUCUUACUCAACUGUCAACCUAUACCCGAGAUUUCUGGACCAGUACUAACGAUGCACGCUUUACUUCCCUUCGCUCAACACUGUCCCCGAAUACGCGAGCUUGGACUGUACCUCAACGCCGACAUUAUCCCCAUGCAUUAUCCUACCUCACCUCUCCAUACCUUUAAAUCUCUGCACACGCUCUCACUCGGUGCAUCCACGAUAACCAACCCUAACAGCGUUGCGCUCUCCCUCAGUCGAUUAUUACCUCUGGGUUGCGAGAUUGUGUCGGGUGUUCGGUGGCCCGAUGCAUUUGGUAUCGCUCUCGACAGGGUGGGGAUUAUGGAUGAUAGGAGGGUAAGGAUGACGGAAUGGUGGGUGAAGUGGAAUGAGGUUGCGAAGGUGAUUCCGUUGGCGAUUGAGGCGAGGAUGGAGGAGAGGGAGCGCAUCACUGUUUUGGAGAGUGAGGUUGGCGCUGCCACUGAGCGGUUGAAGGUGAGGGAGUAAAGAGCAUUCCACCCGUUCAAGUUUUGCCAAAUUAUAAGUACUUACUCAAGAUGAUCUUUGCAAAUACACGGCGCGGGACAUUGCUUUGAGUCUUUCGAAGUUCCCCUGGGGUUACGGUGCCAAUUGUAAGAUAAUAACUACUAUUGCAUGUUUACUUUUGCUUCAUCGUUGAAUUCAUUCUCACUCCCAAAUUCAAUAAAUCACAGUGUUAUGAC